CUGCUUGUGAGAUCUUCAGUACUACAGUAAACGCGAGCUCAUCAUACAUUACUCUUUAGGAUUUACGCCUUAGCAGGAACUAUUGCUCUUUUCACUGUUUCUCUAUUUGGAUACAACAUUGGAUUAUACUAAAUCAUGCCUGUGUCCCGAAUGCGCAUGAGACCAUGGCUCGAGGCCAGAAUUGACUCCAAUACAAUUGCUGGACUCAUGUGGGUCGACAAGGAACAAGGGAUGUUUUCAAUUCCAUGGAAACAUGCUGCUCGUCACGGCUGGGAGGUGGACAAAGAUGCUUGUUUGUUCAAGCAGUGGGCCAUCCACACAGGUAAAUUUAAGGAGGGAGUCACCACACCUGACCCCAAAACAUGGAAAGCCAAUUUUCGCUGUGCCAUGAACUCUCUACCGGACAUCGAAGAGGUGAAGGACAAAAGUAUCAACAAAGGCUGUGGAGCGGUGAGAGUCUACCGCAUGAUGCCCGCCAUCACCAAAAAGAAAGACAAGAGAUCAAAGAACCGUGACAGCAGAAGGCGGGCGAAGGUCAAAACACAAGAGAUGGAGACCGACACUUACACACACAUGAAAGAGGAAAGAAUUACACAAGAAAACACCAUCGACAGCACUGAGAAUCCAAGCACCACCAGCCCUAGUGUUGUUGUCCCAGACAUCUCCGGAUAUGAAGUUGAAAUUGGCCCUGAUAGCACAAUCGAUAUUUACCCCACCAAAUUCCAGGUCUCACCGGUCCAUUCGACAGACUUUGAAGAUGAAAACGAAGCUAUCAUUGAGAUCUCACGGCAAUUGGAACGUGAUAGUUCGCAGUGGCUACAAAACAAUAUCCUUGGAAAGGGGUUCCUGGCCAAUGAAGUAGCCACAACAGAGUCUCUCAGUCCAGAAAGCCAGUGGAGUGAAAGCUCAGGAGAAGAGCUUGAACUUCGCUUAUAUACAGAACUGAACCCAGGUCUACCUGAAGAUCAUCUUUGCACAUACACAGAGAUGUGGAACAGCAACUCCAUGCCACAGCUCAUCUGUCCUCUCUGAGAGCUGCGGGAACCUGUACAUAUUUUCUUACCUCAAACUCCAUCUUACGGACUUUAUGCUCAUGAACUUGCAGAUAAACUCAACCUUGUACCUCAGUUGUAUUCCGGCGGGAGUCGGAAGUCAUCAUUGAUUCAGUUUGGUGUCUUAUGCAUACAUCUGGACAUUUUUCAAACAAGGUUCUUGUGUGUGUGUUCCAAUUUAGGCACUCAAGGCCACAAUCCUUAAUUACAGAGAUGUGUUUUUACUCUGCGUGUCAUCGUGUCAGGCCUUUGUUAUGAAACGGGUAUUUGUCUUUACAUAGCCCUGUUCUUGCAAUGUAGGACUUGUAGGAAAAUGUCAUGCUUUUUUAUUGAAGGACUAAAGGAUCUUUUGGAUUUUCCCAAUUGAAACAGAGACAAAAGUCUUUUUUAAAUUAUGGAUUGUGGAUUGGAUGUCAGCUGUACAGCUUUGUGACCAUGUAAUCUCAUUUUAAUGUGAACUUGUCAUAUUCCGUUAAAGGCUCAAGUCAGGGUUUGGAUAUAUAGGCUACAUAUACCAUACAUCAAAUGAAGCUGUUGUUUGAAUUAGGGGAUGGGGUUCUUAACUGUAAAUAAUGUAAAUAUUUAUUUGUAAUAAAAAAUGUGAAAACAAUUACAUAAAA